GAAGUUGAGGUCUGAAGUGUUUGGAAGUUGAGCCUAAAGUGUUUGGAAGUUGAGCCUAAAGUGUUUGGAAGUUGAGCCUAAAGUGUUUGGAAGUUGAGUAAAGUGUUUGGAAGUUGAGUCUGAAGUGUUUGGAAGUUGAGCCUAAAGUGUUUGGAAGUUGAGCCUAAAGUGUUUGGAAGUUGAGUCUGAAGUGUUUGGAGGUUGAGGUACAGUAUUGUGUUUGUUUCAGCCCCGUGAUGCUGCGAGCCAUCAACGACCAGAUGAUGAAGCUGGAGCAGGUGUUUAUCUUACCUGCGGGUCUACCAGGUCGACCACAAACCAGACAUGCUGUGUUUGCACCAAGUCAGUUUGACUCCUAUGCAGCUUCAGGCUUCCCAGGGAUCUCUGAUCUCUUGCAUAACUUGGACACACUGGAUGCUGAAGAGCGUCAGCAGAGAGAGAAGCAGAUCAAGAGACACGUCUCUGACCUCACUAUUAUGAUGCAGACAGCCACCAGCCUUUUUGAAGACUUUAAUAUUAUCUAGAACACCUCAAAUAUUUCAUAAUUCUUUGUUACUCCCCGUAGGACCUUUUUCCAUCCCUGUCUUAGACCCUAAACAACCAAAGGAUCUCAACACCUCAGUUAGAUGAACCUCACCUCCCUCAAUAAUACUAGGACCUCUUCAUGCAAAAAAUCAAGUCUUCAUAAGAUAUUUCACUAUAUCUAGAAGAGAUUCCAGGGAUCUCACAUCCUGCCCAGAUAGUUAUUUCCUCACUAUCUCUGUACAACCUCUCUACACCCCUUCCUGAGUCGCUAAAUAACCCAAGAUCCACAUCAUUCUUGCUCAGAAAUUAACAAAAUUCUUCAGUAUUAAAGGAAUGUAAGGAAGAGCUUAGUAUGCCCUUAGCAAAGUUGUUUAACAUGUCCUUAAAAACAGGUGUAGUACCAGAAUCC